CACACUAAUAGCAACAAAUCUUUCUUUUCUCAACUGGUUAUUCAUUAAUACAUCGACACCUGAAACAGCAACACCUACACUAAGGAUUGAAUCCGUAACACUAACAUGAACAGUUCGCAGGAGCAUCAGACUGAUUUGGAAGUGAUUCUGGAAUUUCUUGAGGAGCAUUACAGACAGGAAUCUCGAAGAAAAGACCUAUGGAACAUGAGGGAUCUCUCUGUCACGUCAACCGAUGAAGAUAUGGACAUUUCUGGAGAGAAGCUACCUGCUGGAGAGCAUUUCAACAAUGCGUUAGGACAAGAAAAGUCCCAGCUGCAGCCUUCUGCACCUUCUGCGGCCCUUCACAAUGCGCCCGAUGGGCAACUGUUAAACACCCUAAACGGACCAGAGAGACCUUUAACUCUGAAUGCAACACCUGAAAAGUGUGCCGAAUCAUUGCCCAGCAUUACACCUGCAGAGAAAGGGAAAAAGCUACGACUUUUCCACUUCCUGUUCGAGAUGCUGGAGGACCCAGGCAUGGCCCACAGCGUGUCCUGGGUGUCGGCUUCGGCAGGCGUCUUCCGCUUUUCUGCCAGGCACAAGGAGCGUGUGGCAGAGCUAUGGGGCCAGAGGAAAGGCAACCGAAUGCCCAUGACUUACCAGAAAAUGUCCCGUGCCCUGCGAAAUUAUGCCCACUCGGGGGAAAUCAUUAAAGUGAAAAAGAAACUGACUUAUCAGUUUAGUGUUGCCACCCUCUCUACUUUACAGAGUCAACAGGGUAUAAAGAAAGCAGCAUGUGGAUCAAAAUGA